UCAAACAUACACUCAACACAUAAAAAAUAUACUUACAUAGUACCAUGGUUUCUUAGAUAAGAAUAAACAGAAAAAUUUCGAAAUUACUGCAAACUCGAAUCUAGUUUCAACGCACGUGAAAUACAGAAUGCAAGUUUUUCGAAAUAAAAACAUUCGCUUUAAAAUGUCUUUUCAAUAUUCGGUUUUCAUCUUCAUUUUGAAAAUUUUUCUACUCAGUGCAAUCAACUUGAAUAUCAGAUUUGUCGAUGGCUUACCGAAUCCGGAUUUCUAUGCUCCGGUAGAAAUGAUGAAAAGAAACGGAUACGCGGUAGAAACUUAUCACGUUAGAACUCCCGAUGGAUAUAUUCUUGAAUUACACAGAAUUCCGUAUGGUAAAACAAAUAAAGAUGGCAGUCAUUUCCCUAUACUUUGCGUUCAUGGAUAUCUCUCUUCUUCGUUUGCAUGGAUCGCAAAUGGACCGGAAAGAGCUCUAGCUUACUUAUUGGCAGAUCAAGGAUAUGACGUUUGGAUGAUCAAUUUACGUGGUAAUAGAUAUUCUCGGCAACAUGUCUACUACACGCCGAAGGAUCCAAAAUUUUGGGACUUCAGUUUCGAUGAAAUGGGUUCCAUUGAUUUGCCAACGACAAUCGAUUUUAUUUUAGAAACAACGAAUCAUACACAAUUACUCUGCAUGAGUGAUUCAGCUGGAAACUCGAUAUUUUACGUAAUGCUGUCAGUUUUGCCACAAUACAACGACAAAAUAGUUGCCCACGUUUGCCUGGCAUUAAUUUAUCACCCAAAAACGAUACCAGAUUCAGAAUUACUGAUGAUUUCUAACAAGAACAGCGCAACCAGUGGUGUACUCGGUCCUAUUAUGGAACAUGAUGAGAUUAUGAAACUUGGAAUACAAUUUAUUUCAAAGCCGUUAAAAUUGGAUGGCUACACAGCGUACGAUCAUCUUUUAUAUGUCACUUAUGGUUUAAGACCAGAUCACAUCAAUAGGGAAAUAAUGCCAAGCGUGUAUGCCAAUUUUCCUGCGGGUUCCUCGAUCAAAGUAUCGAAUCACGUGAGCCAAAUUCAAAUAUCCUUCAGUCAUUACGAUUACGGUCCAGUAAAAAAUUUGCAAAUUUAUGGCACACAAUUGCCUCCUGAAUACAAUAUCAGUAAUAUACGUAUACCAGUGCGCAUUUACUACGCAAAAGCGGAUUUUGUAUCUACUCCAGAACACGUUCGAAUUUUUUAUGAUAAACUACCAAUGAGAGCUGGACUAUUGGAAAUAGCUGAUCCAAACUUUAGCCAUAUGGACUUCAUAUAUAAUGCGAAUAACAACGAAUUAUUCCACUAUGACCUCAUACAAUUUGUGAACGAUGUCGUCAGUUACACUUUAAGCCACGAAGCAAAUCCGAAUAUCCGAUACGGAGAUGCAAAUGUUCGGACAGCAAGCGAUUUAUGAAACCGAGAUUUCUUCUAAGAAAGUGUACACGAAUGUUUAUUGUUUGGUUUAUCAAUUUUUACCAGGGGUUCUUAAAGAAAGUAUAGGCAAAAUUUAAGCAUCUUGAAAAUAUUACAGACUACAAAUUUAGAGAGGACUGAUUGUUUGAAAAGACAUUCUUCAAUCAAAUAAAUUUUCUUAUUCUUCACCAUUGCA